GAAGGGGGUGUGGAUAUAGAUAUAGACGGUAUGGAUUUGUCUCGUUUGACCCGGGGGUCAGAUGGGGAUGCAGACGGUAGGGGCAAGAUGGCGCGGGAGAGGUCGCCGUCGUUGUCGCCGCCGGGGUGGGAUGAGGAACUGUGUAUUUCUCUUGCGCCUGUUAUUCCUGUGAGAAAUCCUGCGCGGGAGGAAAGAAGUAAAGAGGAGGAGGAGGAGGAAGCAGACGAGGAGGACACAUUCUCUCAAACGCGCACAAUUCUUGCACAUUAGCUAGUUUUGAGUAGAUGGAAUGUACACACCAGCAGCAGCAUCACCACCAUCCCAAUUUUCUUUUAUAGAUGAAAGCUCAUGUACUACCCACACACCGCACCCCACUCCCCACAAUCUCAAACUCGACCCCCCUCCCCCGACUCGGCGGCGCCCACGGCGCAAACACCAGCCUAAACCGCCUCCGCCACCUCGACACAUGCGCAUCGUCCUCUGUCCACGCAUCCUCGCCCACACUCCCGCUCGCCAGGGCAUUCAGCAGCGACGGCCGCGCCGCAAACACAGGCUGCUUCGUCAGCGCAAUCCGACACGCAAGCUGGUUCGUCCAGACGAGGCCCAGCGCGGGUGUUUUCAGCGUGUGCGCGGGCUCGGACAGCGCGUCGCCCCAGCCUGUGAACCAGCGCUGUUGGUGGUCGAGGGCUAGGGGGUCGGGGGAGAGGAGGAGUGUAGGUUCCAUCUGGUGUUGGGAAGGUUGUGGCGUAUUUGUCUGGCUAUUUGUGUUUGUCGAGGUAGUGCGGGAUACUGGUGUUGAGGUUGGGGGUGGGUGGGUGAAGCGGUCUGCGACUUGGUUUGCGACGACGAUGGCGAUGUUGUGCGUGCGUGCUAGGUCGCGGAGUAGGGCGCCUAGCUGGACGAGUUGGGUUCCGCGUUUUGCGAGGGAGGCUACGUUGUUUGGCUUUUCGCCUUUUUUGUCGAAUUCUGCGCGGUAGUUUGCUGCGACGGAGUCGAGGAUUACGAGGCCGAUGUUGUGCUUUUCUAUGGCCACGGGGAGCUGGUAGCGCAGGAUGUGCUCUUGGGAUUCGAGGUCUGGGGUUUGGAUGCUGAGGAUGCGGGAUAGGGAGGGUUGGGAGGAGGCGGGCAGGGAGGCGAGG